AUUUAAUUUGAACUUGAACAACUUAACUAGUAACAGUAACUACUAUAACGUCUAUAACUAGUUUACACUUGUUUACAAUGGCACGCGCCGAAUUAUAAUUACUACAAUAUUGUCAUAACUUAAUUUCUAAUUUAAUCAAUAUUCAAUAGGUGAAUACUGAAUAGAUCAUCUGUUCUGUGUUAUUACCAUGCAAUUUUAAGUUGAACUGACUAAAAAUUGUGUGUGAACUUAUUAUGUUCACGACGAACAGUAGCCAAGAGCAGAACAUGAAAAAAGUACUAUAAAUUAUAAUUUUCCGAUUGGUACUUAUACCAGUUUAGAGCCUCAAAUUCCAACAAUAUACAGGAAUCGAGGGUCUUGAGUUCUUUACGACAUUACAAUUUGUUGUAUUAAAAUAGUAUUACUUCAAAUAUUUUAUCAUCACCGUCGUCGGCUUUAAGUCGGUGCGUCCGAAAGAACGUACAUUCACCGAGACUCAAUUUACAGCUCAGCUGCUAUAGUUAAACAUUCCUUCGGGACACACUACGAAUCGCGAUAAUGGAUUCUUCAACGAGUGGCUAUACUAGUUCCAGUAAUCGCCAUCAUCCCUAUAGCCGAAGCUUAGAAACGCAAGCAAAGUCCACAUUGACAUUGUCUACUUCUAAUACUGCUCAAAAUAAUAGCAACAAGUCUAAUGAUGAAGACAAAAAGCUUUUUGUUGGAAGUGUCAAACAAGUGGCACGUUGGAGCCGAUUGUUAUCGUUUUUGGAACAGACCAAAAUUAUUUACCAAGUAUUCGGAAUUAUGGAUUCUGUGAUAACUGGCAGUAAUAAGUGCGAAAAAAUGUUUUGUUUACGAAGUGAACAUAAAAAAUCUGUAAUAGUAUGUGUAUUUUAUGAAAUAGAUAGAAAAAUGCCUAAUAUAUCUAAGGGAGCAUUAGUUUUGUGUACUGGCCAUGUAAAAGGAAAAAAUAAAUUGCAAGUAUUCACUAUUCGAGAAUUACAUGAAGACAAAAAUUCAUUUGAUAGAAUAUCUUUAGUUAGCCAUUGGACAAUUAAUGAUAUUUUAAUACAUAAGGAGUAGUAUUAUUA